AUUAACAAUAUGAACAGGGUACGCAUAUAUGAUCAACCUAGUGUAUUUCCAGUAUGCUUCAAUCAAUGGUAAAGAAGAAGACAACUAUGCUGCAUGAUUAAUGAUUUAAAAAAAACGUGGCAUCCCGUCUUUUCUGGCAAAACACUAGUACCCUUCAUUCCACACUGUUCCAUUGUCCUCGUUCACCAUAAAUAAAAAUUCCAAUAAAAAUUUGAAUGGCCUUGUAGACCCCCCCUAUAUAUAGACCCAAAACUCCAGUAGGGACUAAGCGAGACCCACACACCCAAAACUCCCGUCUAUCCCCUCCCCCUCGUCCACUGCUAGAUUUAAAAAGCGCACCACCAUAUCCUCUUGAGAUUUCCAGCCCUCGACAACCCCCUCCCAUCUCUGCAAACCCAUUCCUUCCAAAGAUAAAUCCCUGGCUAGCUCCCCAAUCCUCAGCCAUCCCUCCGCCACGUGUCAUUCCCUCCACCACACACCCAUGCACGUGAAGGAUGUGGUGAAACCCUAGCCUCCCCCCCCCCCCCCCCCCCCCCCCCCCCUCCUCUCUCUCUCUCUCUCUCUCUCUCUCGAUCAAAGAGCCAUGGAGGCAGAGCUAAGGGGCACCCCCACUUCUAUCCCCGUCUCAAACCCUAAUCUCCUCCAAACCCCUCGGGACUCCCUCUCUGGGGCGCUCAGGGGGCGCCUUGGGAGCCUAGAUGGUGCCUGUAUCGAGAAGCUCCUCCUCCACUGCGCCAGCGCCCUAGAAUCCAAUGAUGUAACCCUAGCCCAGCAGGUCAUGUGGGUCCUCAACAACGUGGCCUCCCCUCAUGGAGACCCCAACCAGAGGCUCACCUCCUGGUUCCUCAGGGCCCUCAUAGCCCGCGCCUCCAGCCUCUGCCCGACCGCCAUGCCCUUCGCUGCGACGGGGCUCGCCCGGGCCCGGCCGAUGACCGUGACCGAGCUCGCAGGCUACGUCGACCUCACCCCGUGGCACCGCUUCGGCUUCUCCGCCUCCAACGGCGCCAUCCUCAAGGCGGUGCAGGACAGGCCCAAGGUCCAUGUGCUCGACUUCGGCAUCACCCAUUGCAUGCAGUGGCCUACGCUCAUCGAUGAGCUCGCCAAGAGACCCGAGGGCCCCCCGUCGCUCCGCAUCACCGUGCCGUCCUCCAGGCCGCCGGUCCCUCCUUCCCUCAAUAUCUCGAUUGAGGAGGUCGGCCUGAGGCUGGCCAAUUUUGCCAAGUUCAGAGACAUCCCAUUCGAGUUCCAUGUGAUUAAGGCCAAUUCAGCGAACUCCGGUGACGGGAUGGAUGCCGCCUUGCGCUUUCGCCAGGAAUUGGCAUCGGGCCAAUUGGAUCCUUCAUCCCUGGGGCUCAGGGACGAUGAGACCCUGGUCCUGAAUUGCCAGAGCUGGCUCCGGUACUUGCCAGAGGAGUCAGGGGGCAUUGCCAGGGACCCGUCAUCGAGAGAUGGGUUCUUAGAGUUCAUACGCGGACUCGGUCCUCGGAUUGUGACGGUGACCGAUGAGGACUCCGACUUGGAUUCCCCGAGCCUCACCUCGAGGAUCAUGGCAUGCUUCAACUAUCUAUGGAUACCAUUUGAUGCCCUCGAGACCUUAUUGCCCAAGGACAGCCCCCAGAAGGCGGAGUACGAGGCCGAUGUCGGGCAGAAGAUCGAGAACAUCAUAGGGUUUGAGGGGGGCCGAAGGAUAGAGAGGUCGGAGUCCGGUGUUCGGUUCGUGCAACGAAUGAAGAGAGCAAGAUUUCAAAGCAUUCCGUUCGAUGAGGAGACGGUGAAGGAGGUGAAGCUUCUUUUGGAUGAGCAUGCAAGUGGUUGGGGUAUGAAGAAAGAAGAAGACAUGUUGGUGCUCACAUGGAAAGGCCAUAGCUCAGUUUUCACCACAGCUUGGGUCCCAGAUGGAUUUGAUGAAUAAAAGCCUUGUCUCUUUGGAUGGGAGAGAGAGAGAUCUCGGCAUCCCUUUGUGGUCCAACGCAAGAGCCGUGGCAAAAUGGUGUAGGCUUUGCCUACGGAGGUGGGUGGGUGUGAUAUUUGCCUAGGGUGGUGGGGGGCCACACAGAGAGAGAGAGAGAGAGAGAGAGAGAGAGAGAGAGAGAGAGAGUAAAACGGCUUUGUUUGUUAUUUGUAAAAAGGCCAGCUUUGCAGCAGAGAGAGCAUCUUAGCUUGGCAAAGCCCGUAUGAUCGGUGGCAAUAUUGGAGGAAUGUAUCUAAUGUCUUCAUCCAUGGUGAGGCUGUGCCUCGGUUUAAGUUAAUUUUUUGUUGA